GAGGAAUGGGAGGGGAAGCAGCUGCUGCCUAGUUCAUUCCCAGUCCAGCCUCUGCUUCUCGCUCACCACGCACACACAUACACACAUACUGGUGUUUAGUGGUGGUGGUGGUGUUGAUGGUGGUGGUGGUGGGGCACUUCAACCGGACAACAAAGGGACGCACAGAGGAGCGCACUGCAGCCGGGAUAGGAUCACACGGUACCAGCAUCCAGUGUCAGCGACCAGCUCUCUGAACUCCUUAUUUCAUCUGUACUGGGAAAUAAACCAUCAGUCAUACUGGAGGUGACCGUCACAGAGGCGUUAAUUGCUCACGUAGACAGUACGGCCGUACUUGUGAGCCUCGGCAGCGAGAUGGAGAUGGAGCAUUUCGACGAGCGGGACAAAGGUCAGAGGAACAGCCGGUCCAGUGCGAGGAUGAACGGGGUGCCGAGUCCCACGCACAGCGCCCACUGCAGCCUGUACCGGACCCGGACCCUGAAGACUCUGACCGCGGAGAAGAGAGCCAAGAAGGUCCGCUUCUACCGCAACGGAGACCGGUACUUCAACGGGAUAGUGUACGCCAUCUCCACAGACAGGUUCCGGACCUUUGAUGCCCUGCUGGCGGACCUGACCCGCUCCCUGUCCGACAACGUCAACCUGCCGCAGGGCGUCCGGACCAUCUACACCCUGGAUGGCAGCAAGAAGAUAACCACCAUCGAUCAGCUGGUAGAAGGUGACAGCUACGUAUGCAGCUCCAUCGAAGCUUACAAAAAGUUGGAUUACACAAAAAACGUGAACCCCAACUGGUCGGUGAAUGUCAAGGCCUCAGCUGCGUCCUCUCGUGGGCCUCCCUCCCUGGGCAGCGCCAAGGCCAGUGCCCCCGAGAGCCGCGAAACCAAGGACUUCAUACGUCCGAAGCUUGUGACGGUGGUGCGGAGUGGAGUGAAGCCCCGCAAAGCUGUGAGGAUCCUGCUGAACAAGAAGACGGCCCAUUCCUACGAACAAGUCCUGACCGACAUCACCGAUGCCAUCAAGCUCGACUCGGGGGUGGUGAAGAAGAUCUACACGCUGGAGGGCAAACUGGUGUCGUGUCUGCAAGACUUCUUUGGGGAUGAGGAUGUUUUUGUGGCGUGUGGACCGGAGAAGUUCCGCUACCAAGAUGAUCUGAUGCUGGACGAGAGUGAGUGUCGUAUGAUGAAGUCAGUGACCUAUGGAAAGAUGUCUGGCUCUCUGAGCCGAGGCUCCCCAAGGACCGCCAUCCAGUCACGGCGCAGCAAGUCUCCUGCAUCUGUGAACGGGACGCCGGCCAGUCAGCUGUCCACUCCUCAUUCGGGAAAAUCUCCCAGCCCCUCCCCGACCAGCCCGGGCAGCCUCAACCGACGCCGGGGGUCCCAGGGUUCUUCCACCUCUCUGUCUUCCACUAAAGUUUCAAGCUCAGUGGAAGACGGGGACGGACCUGUUACUGAAGCUGAGGUUCUGGUCGAUGAGGUUCCAGCUGUGCCAUCCUACAUAUCAGACCGCUACAAGGUGGGACGCAUGUUAGGCGAUGGGAACUUUGCCGUCGUCCGGGAAUGUGUGGAGCACUCCACAGGCAGGGAGUACGCUCUGAAGAUCAUCAAUAAGGGCAAAUGCAGAGGGAAGGAGCACAUGAUCCAGAACGAGGUUGCCAUCCUCCGCAGGGUCAAACAUCCAAACAUCGUUCUGCUCAUAGAGGAGGUGGACACCUACAGCGAACUUUAUCUGGUCAUGGAGCUGGUCAAGGGGGGAGAUCUGUUCGACGCCAUCACCUCUGCCAACAGGUACACAGAGAGAGACGCCAGCGGCAUGCUCUACAAUCUGGCCAACGCCAUCAAAUACCUCCACAGCCUCAACAUUGUGCACAGAGACAUCAAACCAGAAAACCUGCUGGUGUACGAGCACGCAGAUGGCAGCAAAAGCCUGAAACUAGGAGACUUUGGUUUGGCGACUGUGGUGGACGGACCCCUCUACACUGUCUGCGGGACCCCGACAUAUGUAGCACCUGAAAUCAUUGCAGAAACAGGUUAUGGCCUUAAGGUGGACAUCUGGGCAGCUGGAGUCAUCACCUACAUCCUGCUGUGUGGUUUCCCACCCUUCCGAGGGAGCAGUGACGAUCAGGAAGUGCUUUUUGACCAGAUACUAAUGGGACAGCUAGAAUUCCCUCUCCCGUACUGGGACAACGUUUCAGAGACAGCCAAGGAGCUGAUUCGAUCCAUGCUGGAGGUGGAGGUGGAUCAGAGAUACACAGCCCUCCAGGUGCUAGAGCACCCUUGGGUCACUGAUGAGGGUCUAUGUGAGAACGAUCAUCAGUUGUCAGUAGCAGGCAAGAUAAAGAAGCACUUCAACACCAGUCCGAAAGGCAACGACACCACUGCAGGAGUUUCAGUCAUUUCUGCCACCCCUCUUGAUAAGGAGGGGCAGGUUCUCAGACGAGGACGCCACCCGGAUGUGAAGCCGCUGCCUUCGCAGAUGAUGCCUACGAUGACAACAGUAACAACAUCAACAACUAAAACACUACGGGCGGAGCCUCCCAGUUGCCUCCCUGGCCUGCCCACGGCCCCUCCCUCUCUGACCCCUGACACUUGCUCUGACCCUUCCCUGAGCCCCAGCCUCCCAUCUGACUCUGAUGACAUCUCCAUCAGCUCAGCCAGUAUCGCCUACUCCCCCAACUCACCCUUCUAGACAGGAGGCGGAUGGGAGGAGGAGGAGGAGGAAGAAGCGAGGAGGGAAAAUCCUCAUCCAGCUCCUCCCUCUAUGUGGAGGAGGAGGAAGAGGAGACAUCAGAUUCCCCACAGUCUCUAAGGCUGCGGGUGAACAAGGGAAACAAAAAAAAAAAAAAAAAAAUCAGAGAGAACUUUUAGCUGCCCUGAAUCCAUCUUUCCAAACCUGGAGGAGAGAUCGAUCAAAGGGUGGAUAGAGGAAAAUUAGGGUAGAGAGGUUGGGAGAAGGACUGAAGAGGCAACACGAAACAGAGAACACGAGGAAGAUGGCAAAAGCAGAAUGAGGGGAAAGACGUUUUAUUUAUUUCUUUUUAACGUUCUCUCAUCUGAGCACAUGUUGCAGAGCUCAAGGAGCGAGAAAGGGCGACGGUAUGGUUUCCCUUCAGUGAUGAUCCGGGCUCAACAUGGAAACUUCCUGGUGGAGCAGCUCUACAAGGCAAUAUGAGAAUAUGGACCAAUGUUCAUGUUUUAUUGAACCUUAUUUACUCAUUCUUUAUUCACUGCAUUUUUUUAUAUGUAUUUUCCCUUUUUCAUAAAGGAUACGUUUUUGUUGACUUGUGCUAUGAGCUCGGGAACGAGAAUAAUGGAAAAGUGUGUAGAAGUAGAGGUAAGAAUUGUUGAAGUAGGCUACCGUAGACUAACGUGGGAAAACGAGAGCGACAGUGUGUAGUGAGAGGAAUUUUUUUCUUACAAAUGUGUUAAAUACAGUGUUCAUAGAAAAAAAAAAACACAGACAAAUGACAGAUCAAAGACAGCACUUGUGCUCUAAUUCUGUGCUCCACACAGUUUUGGCGUUGCCUUCCUGUAAUGUUGGAUUGCAGUAUUACAGUUUACAUUUUACACAGACUGCUAUUAAGACAAUAAUGGUGCAUUCGAUCUCUCCUUGUAAUUUUAUCAGCUGCUUCGUUCAUGACAUCUCGAUACACGAAAUUCAGCAGUAUUCGGGUGCUUGUGUAGCAAACUCAACAUUUUUUCCUCAAUGCACACAGUUUCACAGUCAUUCUGAAUUGAUAUCAUAUUAAUCUUGAUAUUUUGUGAUGCUCAUGUACACAUUUGAAGCCUUGUUUACAUUUUUUUUUCCAACACUAAAGGCAUAUUUCAUCCAAAUAUUCCAGCAGUAAAUAAAGGUAUAAUUGUUGCAGCUGAGGUGUACCACUGAAGAAAUGUUUAAGGUGGGAAAUGUAUACAAUUAGCCGUUUAUGAGGGCUGCCUAUUUGCACAAAGUACUGAACUCUAGGUGCAGUCGAACAGAGAAGGAAAGUAUGGAUACCGGAGAACCAGCAGCACUCUUUGAAAGCAGUACAGUUAAAAGAAUGGACAAUGAUUUAUUUCAGCUCUGUACAACCUCAUUCAUGGCUUCAUUUAUUCAGAUGAAAGCAUGACAGACAUACAGUAGCCUAUUCUUAUAUUAAAAAAAAAAAAAACGGUUUCGUGAUGAAGUAUCGUUUAUAUGUUAUGUAAAUAACAUAAUUUCAUUUAUUUUGAUAGUUCACAAUACAGUAUAUUUCUUUACUAGUAGUAAGUCUAUGAGAACUGUAAAAAAAAACACACACACACAAAAAACAGUCAUACAUGUGUAACAGCAAAGAAAAAAUAAUCUAGAGGAGAUCAUCAGGUCGAAAAGAGACAACGCAGAUGAGUUUAAGAGGACCAUUUCGACCUGACGUUGAACCACCUGGACGGAUCUACACAGACAAAUCUAGAGAAGAGGAAGAGAACACCAUCUCUGCUUAUUGUCAGACACUGGGAAUGAUGUCACUUCCUGUAAAUGGAUUUCCAGUAACCAUUGUGAGAUAACAGAGAGAAGAAGCCAGAGGAGUGAGAGAAGUGCAGAGCGAUUUCCUUCUUUUUCUUUUUUCUUUCUUUCUUUUAUUUUUAACAGAUGAUCUCCCUGCAGUCGUCACACUUGUCUGUAAGUUUCUGUAUUUAUUCUCAUCGCCACACAUAUACAGUAAUGUGCCGCCAUAUUGACCAGAUCAGUAUGAACUUGUCGUGCUGUUGAAAUCCAUUCACUCCAGCACAUGGGCACAUGUGGUUUACCAAAGUGCUCUCACAGCUGCACCACAGUAUUACAAUCUGUUGCAAUACCAAUACCUGUACCUCUGUUCAACAAUGGUCUGUCAAUAAUAACAGUAAUAAUUAAAA